AUGGCCCGGUUACUCCUCCUCUGCCUGGUGUCUAGCCAUCUAGCCGUGACCGCCGUCAUGGCGCGGCAGUUCCCUGCCGACGGCGGCGCGAGGGCCAUCACAGCAGACGCUCCUUCUGCUGCGGCUGGUUAUCGGCUGCAUGUCCAUUCACUUCUGGAGUCCUUCGCCGGAUCGCCACUGGGCUCGGCGCACCACGCGCCGCACAGGCACAACCCCUUCGACAGCCACUUCGCCGGGGGCAAGAUCAUACUGGGCGGCCUCGCGGCGGCGAUCAUCACUUCCGUCUUCUGCUACAUCCGCAUCACCAGGGCGAAGAAGAUCACCGAGCCAAAAACUUGA